GAGGGGUGGCUGUUCUAGUGGUGGAGUGGUGGGUGGGAGGAAGAGGACGAGAGGAUGGAGAAGAAGAAAUAAAGAAUAGGGAGGAGAAAAAAUGGAAAAAUAAGAAGAAAUAAUAAAAGGAAGAAGAAAAAGAAAAAAGAAGAAAUAGAAAAGAAGAAGAUACAAGGAGAAGGAAGUAGAGGUGAAGUCGCAGAGAGAGGAAGACGAGGGACAAACCAACUCGCGCGUUGAAAUCGCCACCAACGACCGUGAGGCUCAGUGAAGGUGCAGGAGUCACUGGAGAAGCACGCUCGCCUCGCUUCUCUUGUUCCGUUGCGAUGACGAGCAUUUUGAAGCAGUUUCGGGGCGUUUUCUCGAAGACUCGUCUAGGGACCGAAAAGAACAGAGACGAAACACGGUCGGACACAAAUGCAACAGAGAGCUACGGGGACCACAGUGAUACCGACGUCAGGGCCAACUGUUGGUGUUGCAACCUCAGGAAGAGAGCUAUUGUCGCUGGAGUCUUGAUAUUGGUCAAGUCGCUCGCCGGUUUCUGCCUUGGGAUCGUGUAUGGGAUCAGAGGUUAUCCCAAAGCAUGGGGGGCCUUCGCGACUGGGCUGAUUACCAUGUUUGUUUUCACCCCCAUUCUCUUUUAUGGCAUUUGGAAGGAAUCCCGGAAAUGGCUGGCGGUCUGGUUCGUCUGGAUUGCUGUCCUGACGGCCCUGGGUCUCGUUGGCAGCGCCGUGGCCAUGAUAAAGAGUGCCUACGUGUCCACCGUGGCCAUAGUGGGCGUGCUUUUCAACUUUACGCUGAUGGUUCUGCUCUUGUACUUGAUCUAUGUUUACAUGCAGUCGCUGAGAUCCAGGGAGCCAUUGGUUGAAGCAGACACCUUGUAGCGAAUUCCUCAUGAUUAGCAACUUCGGUUUUCUCCAAAAUCAUAUCGAUGUUGUGACUUCAGUUUCGUCGCGCUUGUCGACUGUCUUUUGUUUGAGCCUUUGCAUGGAUGGAGUCUACCGUCGUCUGAAAACGUACACAUGUUAUAAAAAUGCCAUUGACUAAUCGAUGUAUUAUCUAAUAACAUGAAUCAUAUAUGGUUUGUUCGAUACGUACCUGUUUUAGUAUGAUGUCCAUGGUUUGUGCAAUAUUCUCAUUUUUGUGCAUAAAAUACGUCUAUAUGACGUUAACACUGUAACCAUUGUAAAUAAACGUGAUAUCAGUA